UACCCAGCUCUCCUCCAAUCACUGCGCCUGUUACUUUGGGCACUCCGUAUCACCUUGGAGGAAUAUAACCUUGCUGCCCCACUGACUGGCUGGAAAUAUUGGCUCAUCUACACUUCUGCCUACGGUGCCUACCCUAUCUCAGUGUAGCCUGGCAGGGGAAGAAAAGCAGCAGACAGGCUACAGAGAAUUUUUUCGUGCUUCAUUGAACUAAUUGUUGCUUGUCCAAGAAAACAGGAUGGAUGAGAAGAAGUGGUACCAAGUUACAGAUAAGGCGGUUCCAGCAGGGUCCAGGUCUCUUCUUUAAAGAGAAGUUCCAGCAUCAAAGAGGCUGAAAAGCAAACACUUCAAUCAACCAAAAUGGAAGGAGGCAACAGUCCAAAUCUGCAACUUCAGCAACUCCCGUUGGCCACAGCAGCGGUUUCCGUGCAGCCACACACUGACUCCUUUUCUUACAAGGAGAACUUGAUUGGUGCAUUACUAGCUAUUUUUGGGCAUCUUGUUAUCAGUAUUGCACUCAACCUCCAGAAAUACAGCCACAUCCGGCUGGCAGGUUCCAAAGACACCCGAGCCUACUUCAAAACCAAGACAUGGUGGUGUGGACUGUUUCUGCUGGUGCUGGGAGAACUGGGAGUGUUUUCCUCUUACGCCUUUGCUCCUCUUUCACUGAUUGUGCCACUCAGUGCAGUGUCUGUUAUAGCUAGUGCAAUCAUAGGAAUGAUAUUUAUUAAAGAAAAAUGGAAGCCCAAGGAUUUUUUGAGGCGCUAUGUUUUGUCCUUUGUAGGCUGUGGUUUGGCAAUUGUUGGAACUUAUCUGCUGAUAACAUUUGGACCUAAUAGUCAUGAGAAGAUGACAGGAGAAAAUAUCACUAGGCAUUUAGUGAGCUGGCCAUUUCUGUUGUAUAUGCUUGUGGAGAUCGUCAUAUUCUGCCUGCUACUAUAUUUUUACAAGGAGAAAAAUGCAAACUACAUUGUAGUUAUUCUUCUGCUGGUAGCUUUGCUGGGUUCCAUGACUGUUGUGACUGUGAAGGCUGUGGCAGGCAUGAUUGUUGUCUCGAUACAAGGAAACUUACAGCUCGACUACCCUAUAUUUUAUAUCAUGUUGGUGUGCAUGAUUGCUACAACGAUUUUUCAAGCAACAUUUUUAGCUCAAGCCUCACAGCUGUAUGACUCAUCUCAGAUUGCCAGCAUCGGCUAUAUCCUGUCCACAACAGUAGCAAUCACAGCAGGAGCGACUUUUUACUUGGACUUCACCGGUGAAGAUGUUCUCCAUAUAUGUAUGUUUGCGCUUGGGUGCCUCAUAGCAUUUCUAGGUGUCUUCCUGAUCACAAGAAAUAGGAAGAAAUCUGUACCAUUCGAACCGUACAUAUCGAUGGAUGCUAUGCCAGGCAUGCAGAACAUGCACGAUAAAGGGAUUGCAGUUCAGCCUGACCUCAAAGCUUCUUUUUCCUACGGUGCCCUAGAGAACAAUGACAACAUGCCGGAAAUCUAUACUCCAGCUACAUUGCCGAUUGUGCAGGAACAACACGGUUCCAAAGGAGUUUCUGCUCCACCCUACCGGGUGCUGGAGCACAGCAAAAAGGACGAGACUUGCUUUUGGAAACUUCCUGACAAAGGACUCCAAGGGAGGCGAUGUCUGUUUCUACAGCACAUAAAUCACAAUAUUUUUGAUUACUCCAUUGUGCCACAUCAGUAGAGCCUGAGGUGUUCCUUGGGCUAUAGGCCUCAACUCAAUGCACUGAUGUUGUAAGCGUUGCAUUUUUGCCAGUCUGUGUUAGGCACUGUAAGUGCGGCAGUAGGACUGCCAGACUGCACCUCGCUCCUGCUUGCUGCCUAUGUUCAAUACUUGAAUUUUAAAAUGUUGGGGUUUUUUGUAUUUUAUGCACUUCCCCCUUUCUUGCUCUUUCUUCCAAGCUUCCAAAAGAUUUUAUUUUCUGCUCUUCAGCACAGUCUUACAGCUGCCGUCUCUGUUGCUGAGAAGGCUUGAACAGGGCCCCUAGAAUCCAAACAUCUGUUUAAACUUGACUGUAGAACUUCUGCGCUCUUUCUAACAGUGGGAGGGUAUAGCUCAGGAUUGAAAUAAACUCCUUACCUCCCUUCUAGUUCAGAGCUUACAAGCUGAAAACAGGAAGCUAUUUGUACCCUCAAGUCUGUACUUUUUACAAAAUAUUUGCUGGUCUGAGGUGACAAUGGCCAUGCCCGGGAUUGCAGCAAACAUUUACAGCUGAACAGCACGUGAAGAUUUAAAGGAGGGGAGCCCCAUGCCACAUUCUAGCCCUUCUUGCAGCAUGAAAAAUAAUCUGUUGCUGUACAGCACACUUUAACCUGUGUACAUCAAAACUUGUUUAUCCAGGGCUGAUCCCGAGAGCGGCAGGGCACUACAAACAGCAGAGUAUGCUUAGAUUUCCAAAUGUGCAGCAUUUUUCAGAAUCAAGAGCUGAAAAAAGUGUGCACAAAAAUCAACUGACUGCUGUCUCCCUUACUAAACUGGUAGAAUAGCUCCUUGACUCUCUAUGUCCUAGCUUCUUCAUCAAAUGUGAACUGACAUCUACUGCCUCCACACUGUGUGGCUUUUCAAUGCACCAGAGCACUUGACACGUUCUCAGUGUGUAUCUUACGUGUAACUUAAUGCUGUGGAAUACAGCUCCUAUGUUGGCUGAAUGUACAAAAUGAUCUGCCUACAAUGUUCUCUUGUUCACAUUAAAAUGUGUAAAUAAAUCAAGCUUUACAGUAUUGGACUAUAAGGAUAACUGCUUAAUUUUUCAUAAGCAAUGUUGCAUGUCUAUUUAAUUCUGUUUGUCUUUUAGGUGAGACCUUUGGAAAUGAAACUUAAUAAAAGAUUGUGGUAAA